CAAAUUGCCACGCCAAGGUGGAGGGCGAGAACAGAAAGCCCUCGCCGCUCGCCGCGAGCCUGCGACUGCGAUUCCUGCCACGGAGGGUUUUUCCGAAGCCUCCGGUCGGGUCGAGAGAGAGAGAUGGGGCGAAGGAUACUGAACGACGCGUUGAGGACGAUGGUGAAUGCGGAGAGGAGAGGGAAGGCCAUGGUGGAGCUGCGACCCAUCUCCAACGUGAUCUCUUCCUUUCUCAAGAUCAUGAAGGACCGAGGAUAUGUGAAGAGUUUCCAAGUUCAUGAUCCCCACAGAGUGGGGAAGAUAACUGUUGAACUGCAGGGCCGAAUAAAAGAUUGCAAAGCUCUCACUUACCGGCAAGAUAUCAAGGCUAGAGAUAUUGAGCAGUAUAGAUUGAAAAUGCUUCCAACACGUCAGUGGGGUUAUGUUGUUAUUACAACUCCUGAUGGCGUUCUGGACCAUGAAGAAGCCAUUACAAGGAACGUGGGAGGCCAAGUUAUUGGUUAUUUUCAUUAACCAUAAUGUGCUCUCCAAACACAAGAUGGAUCGUGAAGUGACUAACAAGAGAAGAUAAUGCUGUUGGGCAGUAAGGCAAUGAUGUAUGAUCUGUCUCCCUGCACUGAUGAACUCAGUUGAAGUUUCAAAUUGGUCUUGUUGAAUCAGGUUUAGAUAUGAUGAAUGGCAAAUGACCAGGGUUUCUCAUUGUCUUAAAGACUUCUCCCCCUUCCUUAUGAUUAUUUUGCUGCUUUUCAAUUUUUGGGAAGCAGCAGUUGGUUCUGGAUUCAGAAAAAGAUUAAUUUUUAUGCAGUCUAUUCUGGAAUUGUGCAUGGGUGAAACAAUAAGUCAUGAUUAAUUAUGUACUUGCUUUAUGUGACACCGUAGCUGAAUUAUUUACAACUUGUUAUUCAUGGAAUAUUGUUAGCAAA